GUUGAUUUCAAACAAACGGCCGGGAUCUGUCCUGACUCAACUCUUCUCCCACACUCGUCCCCGUCGCCAGUUGCCACCGCUCCCCGCCCACCUCGAAAUGGAUCCCGCGCCGGCGACCCCUCGCUGGAACCUGGAGCGCCCCUACCUCACCGGACGCUUCCACCAGGAGGCGAAGGUGUCCGCGGCGUCGCAGGCGCCCGGAUCCAAGCCUUUCUCUCUCGACUCAUUCAGCCGCGGAGCUGGCGGCGGCGCUGGGAGUGUCCUCGGAUCGUACGCUGUUUCUGUGCAGGAGCUUUUAGUUAUUGAUGAUUUGCUAUCAGCUCUGGUGGGUAUUGAGGGAAGAUACAUUUCAAUUAAGAGAGUACGCGGAAAGGAGGGAUAUGUUGUCUUCCAGAUUGAUUCUUCAAUGGACCUUGCACUCCAGGAGUUGACUCGCCGAAUUUUCCCCUUAUGUGAAGAUUUCGUGCUAGCAAGUCAGUUUGUGGAGUCCAGGUCACAUUUCAAAACUGGUUUGGUUAACCAUGCUCUAGCGGCAGCUCUAAGGGCAUUCCUCCUGGAUUAUCAGGCAAUGGUUGCUCAACUGGAGCAUCAAUUCCGUCUUGGAAGGCUCUCUGUUCAAGGAUUAUGGUUCUUUUGUCAGCGGAUGAUGAGUUCAUUGAAUGCACUGGCUGUUCUAAUAGAGAAGGCUAUGUCCAAUAAUACUAGUGGUUCGGCGACACUUAAUCUACUUCAUAGUCAGGCAAAGGCGAUGGCUGGCGAUAGUGCUGUUCGGUCAUUACUGGAGAAGAUGACCGAUUGUGCAAGUGCAGCAUACCUCAGGAUGUUGGAAAGAUGGGUGUAUGAGGGUGUCAUAGAUGACCCUUAUGGUGAAUUCUUCAUUGCUGAAAACAAAUCUCUGCAGAAGGAGAGUCUGACUCAAGAUUAUGAUGCCAAAUAUUGGCAGCAACGGUACAGCCUAAAAGAUGGCAUCCCUAGUUUUCUCAAUAAUGUCGCUGCCACCAUUCUGACAACAGGAAAGUAUCUUAAUGUUAUGAGAGAAUGUGGGCACAAUGUUCAGGUUUCCCUAUCAGAAAACUCUAAGCUGACGAGCUUUGGUUCAAACCACCAAUAUCUUGAGUGCAUCAAAUCUGCUUAUGAUUUUGCAAGUGGUGAGCUCUUGACUCUAAUGAAAGAUAAGUAUGAUCUCAUUGGGAAACUGCGAUCAUUGAAGCGCUAUCUACUUCUUGACCAAGGUGAUUUUUUGGUUCAUUUUAUGGAUAUUGCCCGAGAGGAGCUUACAAAGAAACCAGAAGAUAUAUCCGUUGAAAAACUUCAGUCUCUUGUUGACAUCGCGUUGCGAAGUACAGCAGCUGCUUCCGAUCCAAGUCAUGAAGAUUUGACUUGUUGCGUUGAAAGAAGUUCCCUGCUUAAAAAACUGACAAGCCUGAAAGACUUGGACUGUGCUUACUCUUCAGACAAGCUUGCUGCAGCUGAUGUUGAUCAGCCCAUGACAUUAAACAUAACUGGCUUGGAAACGUUCUGCCUUGGCUACAAGAUUCCAUGGCCACUAUCUCUUGUAAUUUCAAGGAAGGCUUUAACAAAGUAUCAAUUGAUCUUUCGUCUAUUGUUUCACUGCAAACAUGUUAGUCGCCAAUUGUGUCAAGCGUGGCAGAUCCAACAAGGGUUCCGGUCUGUCAAGAUUCUUGGAACACCAAUUCUACGGUCAUCGAUACUUUGUCGCAGCAUGCUCAAGUUUGUAAACAGCCUUCUACAUUAUCUAACUUUUGAGGUUCUUGAACCAAACUGGCAUUCAAUGCAUGGCCGCCUUCAAACUGCAAGGAGCAUCGAUGAGGUCAUCCAGAUACACGAUUUCUUCCUCCAGAAGUGUCUAAAAGAAUGCUUGCUGUUGUUGCCUGAGCUCCUCAUGAAAGUUGAGAAGCUGAAAGCGUUAUGUCUUCAAUACGCGACUUCCAUCCAGCUCUUGAUACCAUCCAUCGAGGUCGCUGCUGCUGAGAGCAAAUCGAAAUCCGGGUCGUCGAGAGCAAGAGCCAAGAGAUCACAGGACAGAGACGAGCAACUGAAACUAGCAUCCGAGAACGUCGUGAUGUCGCAGUCAAUCCUGAAAUUCGAGUCGGAGUUCAACGCGGAGCUCCAGAGCCUCGUUCCUACGCUGAGCAAGAGCUCGCAGGCCGAACCAUACCUGACCCAUCUCGCGCAGUGCAUUCUUGGCGUCGGAAUCGACCAGUUGUGUUCGUCAGGAACUGGGCUGUGUUGUUUGAGACGAGUCGCCGAUGUAGUAAGCCUGUAGCUUCAAGAGCCUGGCUACGAAUCAGAGUGGAAGCCUCAAUUAGGCCCUAAACGAUGUGGGCGCAAGUUGAGAUACACCGACCGUGUGCGGGCGAAAGAAGCGAAGCUGGCUUGCGACCUGACGUUUUCCCCGGACUUGUCAAAAUUUCGGACCUUCACUGCCCACCCACCCGCAGUUAGCUCGCUUCCCACUCACACACACUCCUUCACUGCCCAGUACCCACCCCACUGCCAUCACCCCCACCACCGGUACUACCAGCAGGUCCAGCGCCACCAUCGCCCUACCCCUACGCCCCCACAGCAACACGAGAAAACCACCGCAAGCACGCGCCCCGCUCCGCCCCGAGACGCGACGGUGGAAUCCGGCAGGCACGGGCACGAGCAGGCGUGCGGACACAUAGCCCGAGCGCGCGCGAUGGCAGUCGGAGGGCGGCGCGCGGCGGCGGCGGCGUGCGGGCGCUGGUGCCUGGUGAUCCUCGCCGUGGCCUCCGCGCUCGGCGUCUCCGGGCCCGCGCUCUACUGGCGCUACAAGAAGGGCUUCUCCUCCCCCGCCUCCGGCGCUGCCGCCGUCUCCGCACCCUCCUGCCCGCCCUGCACCUGCGACUGCCCGCCGCCGCUCUCCCUCCAGUCCAUCGCGCCAGGGCUCAUGAACUUCUCAAUUUCAGCUUGCGGCACAAAUGACCCUGAGCGUACCAAGGAGAUGGAGAAGCAGUUUGUUGAUCUCCUCAACGAGGAACUCAAGCUGCAGCAGGUUGUAGCUGAGGAGCACAUCCAUCACAUGAAUGCCACACUUGUCGAGGCAAAAAGGCAGGCUACCCUGUACCAGCGAGAGGCGGAGAAGUGUAACGCGGCCACAGAGACUUGUGAGGAAGCCAGGGAGAAGUCUGAGGGGGCAAUCUCAAAGGAGAGGAAACUGACAGCACUGUGGGAACGUCGAGCUCGCGAAUUGGGUUGGCAGGAUUCUCGAGCCGCGACCACCGCACGAUAGCUUGGCAAGCAGUUUGCUUCUGCAGGUAAAAGUAUUUGCAGCAGGCGACAUUUUACCACACCGAGCAAUGUUAGCUGUAUGGGUCCACGUGUAAUGUUUGCCAGUGUAUGACUAUGAGUUGUCCCAGUUGAAGUAUAGUUACUCUAGACACUGUAGAUUCCUUAUAAAUGUAACUAGUAUACAUUGUUUAAAUAUGCAAGCUUUAUAUUGAAGACAUUCAGUGUA